CAGAGAAAAUGACCUAGUAAUUUAGCAGAUAUUGGAGGGUAAUUUGGUAUUUUAAUCUCCUGCUGUUAAACAACCAAUGCAGCAGAGAGAGAGAAGAGAGAAGCUACACCGAAGUCUCAGGGUAACGUUCAAGCUAUCUAUUACUCAUCCUCUCCUCCAAAUGGCAUUGUUGUUCUGAAAAAGUUAUUUCCCUUUUCCUCUGCGACUUAUUCUUCUUCACUUUCUGUUUCCAUCCUAAGUCCUACUCCCUUUUUAUGCAUUUAUACAACCUGUUCCUCUUUCCGCUUCUAAAAAUCUCUGGGUGAAGAUUGAAGAACAACCAGCAGGAAAGCAGAGGAGAAAUGCUCUCGAGGGUUAAUGGUGUUAACAGUGUCGUUUGGAUGGAUGAACAAGGAGAGGACGAAGACGCGGUUUCGUGGACGAGGAGCAAUGGUGGAGGAGAUAACAAGGACGACAUGGGCUCUCUAUCUACGUUCAAGUCCAUGCUUGGGGACGACUGGUAUGUGAACGGUAACGGAAACCCAUCUCACCACGACUUCCAGAGCGUCCAAAACCAUCCAGAAAUCAAAGAUAUUGCUUUCCCUUCGAACCCUACUGCAGCGGAGAGUCUACUGCUGCAGCCAGUCGACUCUUCAUCUUCCUGUUCUCCGUCGUCCGUGUUUAACCUCGACCCGUCGCAGGUACAGCCGUUCUUGCCACCCAAAUCUUGCUUGUCGUCGCUUCUUAACGUUGUCUGCAGCAACCCCUUCGACAAUGGGUUCGACUUGGGUUGCGACCCCGGAUUUCUCGCACCGUUGCAUGGGAACCAGACUUCGAGUUCCUCUGUUCUGAUGAGCAGGGGAGCAGGUGUUUUGAAUGGGUUCGGCGGGUUGAGUUCGCAAGGUCAGAUGGAUACUCCCGAUUUUAGUUCUAAUUCACAAUUUCCGGCCACCCGAUUGCUGCCCUUGGGCGGAGAUAGCACCACUGUGGGUACCGGUUUCAAUACGACUGAUUUCGGAGGUUUUGAGGGUUCUGCUAAUAACCUGUUCCUCAACAGGUCUAAAGUUUUGAGACCUCUCGAAAUUUUCCCUCCUGUCGGCGCACAGCCCACCCUAUUUCAGAAGAGAGCUGCUCUCCGGCAGAAUUCAGCCGCAGCGGACAAAGGGGGCAACUUGGGGUUUUUUGGUUUGGAAGGUGGUCAACAUUCAGCUAGGGUUGAGGGGAGCAAGGGCAAGACGGAAUUGGAGGAAGAACAGGAGAAGAGGAGGAAGAACAACGAGGAGGAUGAGGUGGAGGAGGCAAGCGUCGAUGGGUCGGGUUUGAAUUACGAUUCGGACGAGGCGAUGGAGAAUAAUAAAGUGGAGGACCAUGCAAAGAACGCUGGAAACAACUCGAACACAAUCAGCACUGUCACCGGUAUCGAUCAGAAGGGGAAAAAGAAAGGGCUUCCUGCUAAAAAUCUCAUGGCUGAGAGGCGUCGUAGGAAGAAAUUGAAUGACAGGCUCUACAUGCUUAGGUCUGUUGUUCCAAAGAUUAGCAAGAUGGAUAGAGCCUCAAUCCUUGGUGAUGCAAUAGAGUACUUGAAGGAGCUUCUGCAAAGGAUCAAUGACCUCCACAACGAACUAGAAUCAACACCUCCUGGUUCUUCACUGCCACCUAGCACAAGCUUCCACCCUUUGACACCCACUCUUCCUACCCUUCCCUGCCGUGUCAAGGAAGAGCUCUGCCCAAGUUCAUUGCCAAGUCCAAAUAGCCAACCUGCAAGGGUUGAAGUCAGGGUACGAGAAGGAAGAGCUGUGAACAUCCAUAUGUUUUGUGCUCGCAGGCCAGGUCUCUUACUCUCCACCAUGAAGGCUCUUGAUACCCUUGGGCUAGACAUCCAACAGGCUGUCAUCAGCUGUUUUAAUGGCUUUGCUCUGGAUGUUUUCCGAGCUGAGCAAUGUAAGGAAGGCCCAGACGUCCCGCCUGAGGAUAUCAAAGCAGUACUGUUGAAUUCAGCCGGCUUCCAUAGCAUGAUAUAGCUGUCACCCAAUGCUCAAGGACUUGCAGCGAUCUUUAGCGGGUGGUAAUAGUCUGUAAAUGCAAUUUAGUAGGAUAGGAGCCUCUAAGCAGCUCAGUAAUUUGGAUAAUGUUGGUGGGGGCCAAUUCUCCUUUGAAUUUGAUCCGGCAAUUUAGUUUUAAAAUAAAAAAUCUCCUUUUGAUACAA